ACCAAAACGGAUUCCAAUGUUGGUUUAAUGACAAAGGACACAACUACAGUUGGUAGUUCGCAGAAAGUACUCAGUCCACGAGUUGUGCGCGGAAAAGGCAGACCCCCAUCUCUGAGGAGAGCAUCCAGAAUGGAGCAAGAAAUACGGAAGGUUAAAGCGAGGACGAAGAAAGCAAAUGUAAAGGGAUCCAAACGUAAAGAGCGAGAUGGCGAAGAUACGCCAUCUCAUAACACGAGUCGGAAUUUAUUUGGCCCAUCUGAGAUAGUUGAUGCUGAAGGAAACGUGCAGACUAUUCCAGUCAGCUCAGCUUUUGACAUUAGUGGAUUCCAAAAUAUGGUUGGGAGUCAAGAAAGUAUGCAACUUGGAGUGGAUGGAUCACAACCUUUGCCCAAAUGAUUUGAGUGGAGUGAAUUUUAAUUCCUGCUAAAGCCUAAGAUUGAAGAUGGCUGGGAUCCAAACACCAUGAGGAUGAUUUGUGGGAUUCCAUAGCUGCC